UGUGGAAGAGACGUUUCCUAGCUGCUGCAGUGUGUCUGGGGCUGCUGUGUGUUCUCCUACUGGCUGGGAUCAUAGGCCUCUUACUCUACCAGAGAGACCAGCUACAGACCAGCUACAACAACCUGACCAAAGAGAGAGACCAGCUACAGACCAGUUAUAGUUCCCUGUCUAAAGAGAGAGAUCAGCUACAGACCAGCUACAACAACCUGACCAAAGAGAGAGACCAGCUACAGACCUGUAAUAAAUAUGGCACAUGUCCCCAAGACUGGAUAAGGUCUUGCUGCAGUUGUUACUACAUCUCCACUAAUGAGAAAACGUGGGACGGGAGCAGAAAGGACUGUCAGACGAGAGGAGCAAACCUGGUGAUCAUCAACAGCAGAGAGGAACAGGCUUUAAUCAAAGCGUUCAACAAAAAAGCCUGGUUUGGUCUGACGGACAUAGAGGUUGAGGGAACCUGGAGAUGGGUGGACGGCACACCACUGACCACAAGUUACUGGAACAAAGGGGAGCCAAAUGAUUUGCAAGGAGAAGACUGCGCUUUGGUUGAUAACACUCUAAAGGACCCAGUAGUGGCUUGGAAUGAUGUGCCAU